UACGUAGCUGCACCAGAGUGUGAGCUGUUUUGAGGGCAUUUCGCCUUCUUGUUAUUUUGCUGUAGUUUUCUUUCUCCAGAGGGACCAUGUUUAAACAGACAUACAGUAUCGGAUAUUGAGCGAAUACAAACAGUGAGAGGACUGGCAGGACGAUGCAGGCCUUCACAGCGAUAAGAUCAUUUGUUUUCCAGUAUCCUAAAACUAUUGCUGUGGUCAUAGUUACAGGAGUGGGACUUUUUGGAGUGUAGAAAUGGAUGGCAUUUGGAGUGUGUCGCAGCAAAGCCUCAUUGGAUGGAAAGACAGUCUUGAUCACUGGAGCCAACACUGGGAUUGGGAAAGAAACGGCUGUUGACCUGGCUAGAAGGGGCGCGAGGGUCAUUCUGGCCUGUAGAGACAUGGACAGAGCAAAUAAAGCUGCAGAGGAGGUGAGGAAGAGGAGCGGAAAUGAGAAUGUUGUUGUCAAAAAGUUGGACUUGGCGUCUCUACAGUCGGUGCGCCAACUCGCCAAAGACGUCCUAGCCAGUGAGGAGAGACUGGAUGUUCUCAUCAAUAAUGCAUGUGUUAUGAGCUGUCCAAAAUGGCAGACUGAAGACGGCUUUGAAAUGCAGUUUGGCGUGAACCACCUGGGCCACUUCCUUUUAACAAACUGCCUGUUGGAUCUCCUGAAGAAGUCGGCCCCGAGCCGCAUCGUCAACGUCUCCAGUUUAGCUCAUGAAAGAGGUCAGAUCUAUUUUGAUGACAUACAUCAGGAGAAAGAAUACCACCCUUGGAAAAGCUAUGCACAAAGUAAAUUAGCUAAUGUCCUCUUUACAAGGGAGCUGGCUAACAGGCUGCAAGGUACAGGAGUAACCACAUACAGCCUCCACCCUGGGGUAAUCCGGACAGAGUUCGGCCGACACUUCUGGCCCAUGAUGCCCGUGUGGAAGAGAGUUGUGUACACACCACUCAUGUUCUUCAUCAAGACUCCCACAGAAGGGGCUCAGACCACCAUCUACUGCGCUGUGGAGGAGACCCUGCAGAAUGAAAGUGGACUCUACUACAGCGACUGCGCCCCUAAAACAGCAGCCCCUCAGGGUCUGGAUGAUGAAGCUGCCAGGAAGCUGUGGGGUUUAAGUGCAUCUAUGGUCGGUCUGACAUAAUCACAGUGACAUUGAUGACGAUCAUCAUCACCAUCAUCGUAGUACCAAAGGACUGCCAAGUGGCCCGAGGAAGGACUGGUGCUCUUUCUAAUGAGCAUCUGUGUGGCUACUAUCAGCUGAGCUCCCGCUUCAUGUGACAAAUGAGUAAACAGACAGGAAUUCACAAGUGAUAGACAUUUAUUCAGAAUAUACAACAAACUACUUGCAAAAAUACUAUGGAUUUCGUUAUGUUCUUUUUUCUUAAACAGAAGCAAUGCUUCACAGGUAAGUUACAUGGAAGCUGUAUGAUCUUUAGUCUUGAUUGCCAUUAGCGUGAAAUGACAUUUUAAUUGACAAGUUUCACCAAUGUCUGUGUUGACUAAGGGCUCGAACGCCACUCGAUGUUACUUCAUCCUGUAAGAAUUACAUGUGCUUUGAGGGGUUUUUUUGUAACACUGUUAAGCAACAUUUUUUUCCUCCUGGGCAAUAAAGUGCUGUUAUACAUA